CAGUAUCUAUGACUGGCAUUGACAGGCAGACAGGCAGAAGUCUCACGAAGUUGUUAGUUUCGUCCGGUCAGGAUCAACUGUACAGGAUGUUGGCGUGUGACUACACCAACGUGCUGAUCGCUGCCGUCAUGAUCAUGCCCUUCGUCUACGAGUUCAGCCAUCGCUUCAGGCUGUACCUUAAGUUCUUCAUCUAUUACGCUAUGGUGAUGCUGUGCUCUGUGCUCUUCAUCCCCUUCAUCAUCUGGAGACCCGGGGAUGUCAGGAAUACUUUGAUAGCAACAUUUCCACUCCGUCUGUUGAACCCUUUGCUGGGUUUACACUGGGAGGUGCGCGGCCUGGAGCACAUUGUCGUUGAUCGUCCUGCUAUUGUGGUUGCCAACCAUCAGAGCUCCAUUGAUUUCCUAGGGAUGGUAUACAUGUGGCCGAUGUUUAACAAGAUCACAGCCAUUGCCAAGAAGGAAUUAUUUUAUGCCAUGCCCUUUGGAAUGACAGCUUGGCUUUGUGGCACCCGGUUCAUUGACCGUAGGAACCCUGACAGUGCCAAGACUUCGAUGAAUGCAGCAUUAGCUUAUGUGAAGGAAAAAAGUGUUAAAUUGUGGGUCUUCCCCGAGGGUACUCGAAGCAUGGCUGAUGAGAUGCUGCCAUUCAAAAAGGGUGCCUUUCACUUGGCCAUUGAAGGCCAGUUACCGAUUCUUCCUCUUGUGUACUCUUCAUACAGAGGGUUUCUCAAUCAUCCUUGCAAAAUUUUCAACCCAGGUCACAUCAUUGUUACGUGCUUGCCUCCAAUUUCUACUGAAGGUUUUUCUAAGGAAGACAUGCCACAACUUAUGGAGGAAGUACGGGCUCAGAUGAUGGAAGUUUAUACCAAAACAUCAACACAAGUACAUCAUCCAUGGCCCUUAUCAGAAGCUGUAAAGAAACACAGCUAAGUCAAGGGUAGACACCUUAGCACUCGACACCCUUCUCACUCGAGUCGUCAUUGUAGCGAGUCUUCACUCGCCUUAACGCCACAUCUUGUUUAUGGUGGUUCUGCUAUCAAUAUUCUUGUGAAUACCGGUACUCACUGCAAAUGCCUAAGCCCAUUUAGUGACUGUAAAGAAUCCUUUAUUAUAUAUUGCUGGAAUGAUUGUUGAAUUUGUCUUGUAAUUUAUAUUAUUCCUUUUUCAUGGUACAGUGACAAAGGUUUUAUCUGCACAGAUUUGAUUUCCAAUAAUAAUAAUAAUACAAACUUGACUGAUAUUGAUAAACAAAAGUGGGUCCCAAUGUUUAAUUAUCAAAAUGAAAACAGAAUUUGACAAAAAUAUAACGCCAUGUACUGUGCAUCAGUGCAGGUUUAAUUGUCGAGGUAGACUUUAUUAACCCAAGUUGACUGAAAUUUGUCGGAUUUUCUUCAUUA